AUGUCCGAAUACUGGAAAUCAACGCCGAAAUACUGGUGCAAGCACUGCGGCAUCUUCGUCCGCGACACCAAGCUCGAGCGCCAGAACCACGAAGCCACCGGCAAGCACCAGGGCGCGCUCAAGCGCUUCCUGCGAGACCUCCACCGCGGCCAUGAGCAAGAGGAGCGCGACAAGGACCGCGCGCGGCGCGAGAUUGAGCGCCUGAAGGGCGUCGCCUCGGGAUCUUCAUCAUCAUCUACGUCGUUUGCGAAGCCUGGAUCGAGCAGCAGCGCGCCGGCACCCGCGCCGGGCGGAACGGAGGCGGCGAGGAAGAGGCAGAUGGAGCAGCUCGCGGAGAUGGGCGUGUCGAUACCUACCGAGUUCCGAGGCGAUAUGGCGAUGGCAGGCGAGUGGACCGUCACUGCGACAAAGGUCGUGGACGAGGAUGCGGCCAAGGAGAAGCCCGUGGAGGCGAAGGCUGUCGGCGUCCGGAAGCGCGAGCAGACGGAGGAGGAGAAGGAAGAGGAGGACGCCGUGCGCGGGCUGUUUAAGAAGCCCAGGAAAUGGGGCGGUAUGAGGGCGAUGCCGGAGGACGACAAGGAGCUCGACGCGCUGCUCAGCGCCGACACGCUCUUCCGGCCCAAGAAGGAGGAGUCUGCUGCCGCGGAGGACAGUGUCAAGAAGGAGGAGGGCGCAGACGAGGCUGCGGCGGCAGUGACAUCAGAUGUGCCCGCUAUCAAGGCUGAAGAGGACGAGGCUGGCGACAAGCUUUCGGCAGCGGCGUUGGGGCCAAUCGCCGAUGCCGACGGGGUGAAGAAGGAGGAAGACGGCGUGGAAUCCACGGAAGCCGCGGCACCUGCUGUGGUGUUCAAGAAGCGCAAGGCCAAGAACAUUCGGCAAAAGUGA